ACAACACAGCAAAGACACUGUGGGAUAAAACACACUGUCCUCCCCCUCUACAGUCCACGGAAUUUACCUGUUUUCACGAGGAUAUCUUCACAUGCCAACAUCGGAUAUUUAUGAACAUCUGCACCGGUUUAUAUCAGUAGCUUGACGGGAAAAAUAAAGCAAGAAUGGAUCAGAAUUUAUUUGGCGGGGCUCCACGCUUCCUAACUCGACCCAAGGCCUUCUCGCUGUGCGUGGGACGAGAUGCCUCCCUCAGCUGCACUAUUGUGGGAAACCCUGUUCCUGUAGUCACCUGGGAGAAAGACAAGAUGCUUCUUUCUGCAGGUGGACGCUUCAAGAAAGUAGAAGAUGGUGACGUUUACCGACUUACCAUUUACGAUCUAACUCUAGAAGACAGUGGUCAGUACAUGUGUCGUGCCAAGAACAAUGUCGGAGAGGCAUAUGCAGCUGUGACCCUGAAGGUGGGACUGCCGGAAACUGUGAUUGAUCGGGCCCCAGUGUUUACAGUAAAGCCUGUCUCCACCCGUGUGGGUCUAGGGGGUGAGGUGACCUUCUAUUGUCGGGUGGCAGCCCAUCCGGCACCCAACUUUGACUGGGAAAAGGAUGGUCGCUACUUGGGUGAGACCAACCGCAUCAAGAUAAUCUCGGAAAAAGACUCCAGCUCCAUGAGGAUCCAGAGUGUCAGGAGCUUGGACAGUGGUACCUACACCUGCCGUGCACAGAACUCCAUUGGCCGUGCUCAGGCCGCUGCUUCUCUGGUGGUCGACCUUCAAGAUACACGUCUCCUGAAUGCAGACAAGAGCACAUCCCUCCUCUCACACAUGCAGAAGCGGAAAGAAGAAAUGCGGAAGGACAUCUCCUUAUAUCGAACCAAGGAAAGUUCCUCAACCAAGCUUUCAACUUCAUCUUCCACGAUCACAGAGGAACUUGGAAGCUUGGGACUCCCCUAUGAUCAGGAGCAGAGGGUUUCGGCCUUGACCAGCAUGUUGCCUAAAGGUGUGUUCACCCGCACCUGUAUGGUGACCGAGGGUAAACAUGCAAAGCUUAGCUGUUUCGUCACAGGCCAUCCCAAACCUCAGAUCAUCUGGAGGAAGGAUGGGGCGAACAUCAGUGAGGGCCGCAGACAUGUUAUGUAUGAGGACCAGGCGGAGAAUUUCAUCCUCAAGGUGCUCUACUGCAAACAAUGUGAUAAUGGGCUGUACACCUGCAAUGCAUCCAACUUGGCUGGACAAACCUAUAGCGCUGUGCUAGUGAUUGUCAAAGAGCCAAAGAUUCCAUUCAAAAAGAAGCUGCAGGAUGUCGAGGUGAAGGAAAAGGAAACAGCAACUCUGCAGUGUGAGGUGCCAGUGCCGAACACAAAGGCUAGCUGGUUUAUGGAGGAGACCCGUCUGGAGGAAAAUACCAAGUACCGCAUGGAUGUGGAAGGGACCCUGCGCCGCCUCACUAUUCACAAUGUCACCACCAAUGAUGAUGCCGUGUACAUCUGUGAGAUGAAGGAAGGCAGCCGCACUGUGGCCGAACUUACAGUGCUGGGCAACAUCACUAAAAAGCUGCCGAGGAGGACAGUGGUGCCAGUUAGCGAUACCGUCAUCUUCUGUGUGGAACUGGAGAAACCAGUAGAUGAUGCAUACUGGACCAGGAAUGGGGAGAGGCUGAAAGAGGACUCCCGAAUUAUUAUCGCCCGCAUUAACAGACAGUACACACUGACCAUUCGCGAAUGUACUGCAGAGGACUCGGGUGAGGUUGCUUUCAUCGCCCAUGACUGCAAGACAUCCACCCGCUUCUCCGUCACAGCACCAAGGAAACAUCCCCCAGAUCCCCCACUUGAGCCAGUAGUGCGGAACAAGACAGAUUCAUCGAUCACACUGUGCUGGUCUCCACCAGACAGUGAACGGCCUGUGCCCAUCACCGGCUAUAUCGUUGAGCGCAGGAAGGUGGGAGCCCAAACCUGGGUUAAAGUCACUAGUACGUCUGUGUCUAGCACUGAAUACACCAUCAGUGAAAUUUCAGAAGAAGCAAGCUAUCAGUUCCGCAUCUCAGCAGUCAAUGAUUUUGGUCAGAGUGCCUACUUGGAGGUUCCUGGAACGUUUUACCUUGAGCCCACAGCAUCAGUGAAGACCGGCCUGGUGAACUGCAGUGCACAUGUAGGUGAAGAAGCAACCUUCACUGUUGAGCUCUCAGCCGUAUGUUCCGGCUCCUGGACCAUAAAUGACAGAAUGAUCCGCAGUGGAUCUGAGUAUCUGAUCACACGCUCAAAGACCACACACACGCUGGUCAUCAGGGAGGUGUCCAUGGAACUAAAUGGAGCACAGGUCAAGUUUGUGGGUGGUGGAUCUCAGAGUGUUUCCACGCUUAGUGUGAAAGCCGCACCCGCACGUUUCACCAAUAAGUCUUCUCAGGUGGAGGUGUUUACUUUCAGCAUGCACUCCUCUGCUCAGAUGUACACAGAAGUGUCCGAUUCAAGCAUCCAGGUUGUUUGGAUGAAGAAUGGGAAGGAGCUGAGGAUGGGUAAAAAAUAUGAAGCCACAAGUGUGGAGCGUAAACGCACACUGACAGUCCACAACGUUGACCGUGAAGACGUGGGCAUCUAUGAAUGCAUGUGUGAUGGUGAUAAAAUGUCUGUCCAGCUUGCCCUUAAAGAAGAACCAGCUAAGUUUGUUAACAAGCCGAGGGUUCAGCCCCAAGAGAGUGAUGCUCUUGUGGGUGACGUGGUGUUGAGCUGUGAGGUUGCUUCUCCUGGAACUGCUGUUGUGUGGAAGAAAGAACAGAUAGAAAUAAUGGAGGACAAGAGGACAACUUUUAUAUCUCAGGGGACACAAAGGAAGCUGGUCAUCAGGGAUGCCAAGCAGAGCGAUGAAGGACACUACUCGUGUGAGACGGCAGAGGACAAAAUGACAUUCCUGGUCAAGAUAAAAGAAACUCGUGCUGCUUUCUCCAACAAAGACUCCUAUCAGAAGGAGGUGAAAGUUGCAACCUCCCAAAAGGCCACACUGAGCUGCGAAGUUUCUGAUGCCAAAACUGAAGUGAAAUGGUUCAAGGAUGGCAAGCAGUUGAUUUCCAGUAAGACUGUUCACUUGGAGUCAAAGGGCAAGAGCCGUCAGUUGGUGCUGGAGAAUGUGGAAAAGAAGGAUGCUGGAGAAUAUACCUGUGAAGCUGGAAAUGAAAAGCUGGUCUUUAAGAUUCGGGUGGAAGACCUUCAAGCCGCCUUCUCCAACAAGGACACCUAUCAAAAGGAAGUCAAAGUAGCUGCUUCCCAAAAAGCCACACUGAGCUGUGAGGUUUCUGACCCCAAGACUGAGGUGAAAUGGUUCAAGGAUUGUAAGCAGUUGAUUUCUAGUAAGACUGUCCACAUGGAGUCAAAGGGCAAAAGCCGUCAGCUGGUGCUGGAGAACGUGCAGAAGAAGGAUGCUGGAGAAUAUACCUGUGAAAUUGGAAAUGAAAAGCUCGUCUUUAAGAUUUGUGUGGAAGACAUUCAAGCUGCCUUCUCCAACAAGGACUCUUAUCAGAAGGAGGUGAAGGUUUCAGCCUCCCAGAAAGCCACACUGAGCUGUGAAGUGUCUGACGUUAAGACUGAGGUGAAAUGGUUCAAGGAUGGCAAGCAGUUGAGCUCCAGUAAAACUGUCAAAAUGGAGUCAAAAGGCAAGAGCCGCCAGCUGCUGCUGGAGAAUGUGGAGAAGAAGGAUGCUGGAGAAUAUACCUGUGAAGCUGGAAAUGAGAAGCUUGCCUUUAAUAUUCAAGUGGCAGACAUUCAAGCUGCCUUCACCAACAAAGACUCCUAUCAGAAGGAAGUCAAAGUAGCAGCUUCCCAGAAGGCCACACUGGACUGUGAAGUUACUGACCUUAAGACUGAGGUGAAAUGGUUCAAAGAUGGCAAGCAAUUGAGCUCCAGUAAGACUGUCCACAUGGAGUCAAAGGGCAAGAGCCGUCAACUGGUGCUGGAAAAUGUGGAGAAGAAGGAUGCUGGAGAAUAUACCUGUGAAGUUGGAAAUGAGAAACUUGCCUUUAAAAUUCUGGUGACAGACAUUCAAGCUGCCUUCACCAACAAGGACUCCUAUCAGAAGGAAGUCCAAGUAGCUGCUUCCCAAAAAGCCACACUGAGCUGUGAAGUUUCUGACCUCAAGACUGAGGUGAAAUGGUUCAAGGAUGGCAAGCAGUUGAGCUCCAGUAAGACUGUCCACAUGGAGUCAAAGGGCAAGAUCCGUCAGCUGGUGCUGGAGAACGUGGAGAAGAAGGAUGCUGGAGAAUAUACCUGUGAAUUUGGGAACGAAAAGCUGCCAUUUAAGAUUCAGGUGACAGAGCUCAAAGCUGCCUUCACCAACAAAGACUCUUAUCAGAAGGAAGUAAAGGUUUCAGCCUCCCAAAAAGCCACACUGAGCUGUGAAGUUUCUGACCUCAGGACUGAGGUGAAAUGGUUCAAGGAUGGCAAGCAGUUGAGCUCCAGUAAGACUGUCCACAUGGAGUCAAAGGGCAAGAGCCGCCAGCUGGUGCUGGAGAACGUGGAGAAGAAUGAUGCUGGAGAAUAUACUUGUGAAGCUGGGAACGAAAAGCUGCCAUUUAAGAUUCAGGUGACAGAGCUCAAAGCUGUCUUCACCAACAAAGACACUUAUCAGAAGGAAGUGAAGGUUUCAGCCUCCCAAAAAGCCACACUGAGCUGUGAAGUUUCUGACCUCAGGACUGAGGUGAAAUGGUUCAAGGAUGGCAAGCAGUUGAGCUCCAGUAAGACUGUCCACAUGGAGUCAAAGGGCAAGAGCCGCCAGCUGGUGCUGGAGAACGUGGAGAAGAAUGAUGCUGGAGAAUAUACUUGUGAAGCUGGGAACGAAAAGCUGCCAUUUAAGAUUCAGGUGACAGAGCUCAAAGCUGUCUUCACCAACAAAGACUCUUAUCAGAAGGAAGUGAAGGUUUCAGCCUCCCAAAAAGCCACACUGAGCUGUGAAGUUUCUGACCUCAAGACUGAGGUGAAAUGGUUUAAGGAUGGCAAGCAGUUGAGCUCCAGUAAGACUGUCCACAUGGAAUCAAAGGGCAAGAGCCGCCAGCUGGUGCUGGAGAACGUGGAGAAGAAGGAUGCUGGAGAAUAUACCUGUGAAGUUGGGAAUGAGAAACUUCUCUUUAAGAUUCAGGUGGAAGAUGUUUCUACUAAAUUCCAGAAGACAUAUGUAACAAAAGAAACUAUGAUGGUCGAGUCAAAUGAAAAGGUUGUUUUAAAAACCGAGGUGAUGUCAGAGAAUUGUAGUGUAAAGUGGUUCAGGGAUGGAAUAGAACUGAAAGACGGAUCAAAGUAUGAGAUGAAACAGGAAGGUCGCUCACGUGUCCUCAUCGUUAAGUCCUCUGAAUCUAAAGACAGCGGCACCUACUUUUGUCAGACGGCUGAUGACAAGGUUGAGUUCAAGGUUCAGGUCAAAGAUGCGCCUUUAAAGUUUGUGGUGCCAUUGCAGCCGGUGUCUGCAGUACUGGAAAGCACCAUGACACUUUCCUGCAGUCUCAACAAAGCCACGAGUAGUGUCCUCUGGAAGCAUAACGGCAAAGAAAUCAAACCAGGUGGCAGAUUCAGCAUCCGCACUGAUGGCACAAACUGCAUCUUGACUGUCUCCGCUGUGGCUCAGGAGGAUGAAGGGGAGUACAGCUGUGAAUGCAAAGAUGACAAGACCUCCACCAAAGUCGCUACUAAAGCCCCACGUCUGGUGAGGUUCACUACCAAGCUGAACAAUGUUGUUGCAAAUGAAGGCAAAGAUGCCAUCUUUAAAUGCUCUGUCACACCAGCCGAUGUAAGUGUCAGAUGGCUGCGUAAUGACAUUCCUAUUACAGCUAGUCCCAAAUUUAAGAUCGCUCAUGGGGGAAGCAGCCAUUCCCUCACCAUCACAGCUGUCACUCAGGAGGAUGCAGGAGAGAUCAGUAUCGAUGCCGAGGGGAAAGUGUGCAAAACCACACUCCAAGUACAACAACUUCCUGUCACCUUCAAGAAGAAGCUUGCCGAUAUGACUGUUACUGAGCAGGACACAGUUCGUUUAGAAGUGGAGCUGAGUAAACCCUCAAAAGAUGUAAAGUGGAUGAAGAAUGGUGUGGUACUACAGCAAGGAGAAAAUAUGGAGAUCCAUGUCGAUGGUGCCAAGCAGGCUUUGGUCCUCAAGAGUGUGGCAUAUGCUGACAGAGGAUAUUACUCAUGUGAAACCCUAGAUGACAAGACCCAGGCCAAACUGACAGUAGAGAUUAAGAAGAUUCAAAUAGUAAAAGGCCUAAAAGAGAUGAAAGUGCAAGUAAAAGAGACUAUCACUAUGGAGGUGGAGCUCAGCAAGGCUGAUGUAGAAGGUUCCUGGAACAAAGAUGCAAAGAAACUAAAGGCAGGACCUAAUAUCAUCAUUACAGCACAGGGCAACAAGCACUGCUUGACUAUGUCCCAGCUGAAGAUAAGUGAUGGUGGAACUAUUACUUUCCAAGCUGAGGAUGUCCAUACUUCUGGCAAACUAAUUGUUACAGAACCUGCUGCAAAGAUCCUCAAACAUCUACAGGACAUCAGUUCUCCUGAAAAGGAGAAAGUCACUUUUGAAUGUGAGGUGUCAAGAGCAAAUGCUGAUGUCAAAUGGUUUAAGGAUGAUGAGGAACUGAAGCCAGGAAAGAAAUUUGGCAUCUAUUCCCAGGCCAACAAGCGCACCCUCAUCAUCCACAAGUGUGUAUAUGAAGACCAGGGCCAGUAUAUAUGUAGAACAACAGAUGACAAUACUUCAGCCAAGCUCACUGUUCACGCCAGAGAUAUUAAAAUAAUCAAGCCACUGCAGGACGUGGAGGUGACAGAGAAGGAGAGUGCAACGUUUGAUUGUGAGGUCUCUCACGAUGAGGUCGAGGCUCAGUGGCACAAGGGCGAUGCCAAACUUAAAGCAGGAGACAACAUAAAGAUAAGGCAGGAGGGAAGAACAUACAUUCUACUCUUCAAAUCUGUAAAGGCUGAGGACGCAGGUGAAAUCAAGUUCACAGCUGAGAAUGCCUCUUCAGCCGCUAAACUGAAGGUUAAAGAACUGCCUGUCAGAUUUGUGAAGAAACUGAGAGACAAAAUCGCCAUGUACAAACACCGUGCAUACUUAGAAUGUCGAGUGUCACGGGCCAACGCUAAAGUCACGUGGUACAAGAACAAGUCAGAGAUCAAACCCAGCAAGAAGCACGAGAUCACCAGUGAGGACAUCUACAGGAAGCUCACCAUCAUCGAUGUGGACUCUGAUGAUGAGGAUACAUACGUGUGUGACGCCAUUGAUGAUAAGACUUCAUGUCAGCUACUAGUAGAGGAGCAGGCUAUCAGCAUAGUACGAGAGCUGAGUUCUGUGGAGGUGACCGAGCCGUUUGCUGCCCACUUUGAGGUGGAAGUCAGCGUGGAGACAGUCAAGCCAGUGAAAUGGACGCUAAAUGGGGAACAGCUGAAGGAGUGUGCAGAUAUCGAGAUGGAGAAAGUGGGAACCAUGCACCGACUCACUUUUAAGAAGACCAAGGCCUCCAUGUCAGGCCCAGUACAGUUCACCGCCGGAAAGAGCAAAUCAACAGCUGAGCUCAAAGUGAAAGAGCGUCCCAUUGAAGUCCUGGAGCCUCUUAAAGAUGUGUCAGCCAAGGAGAAGACUUCCACCACACUAUGCUGCAAGUUCUCUGCCACACCAAAAGAAGUACGGUGGUUUAAGGGUCAAACCGCUUUGGAGGCUUCUAGCAAAUACAGCAUGAAGCAACAGGACGCCAAUGUGCAGCUGAUCAUACAAGCUUUGAAUGCAGAGGACUCUGGAGAGUAUCGCUGUCAGGUCGGGGUCUGUGAGAGCAAAGCUGUUCUCAAAGUAGAAGUGCGUAAAAUCCAGAUCACCAAACAUCUGACAGACGUGGAGGUGGAUGAAGAUGGUGAUGCUGUGUUCACCUGUGAGGUUAACUAUGCUGAUGAAGAGGUCCAGUGGACACUAAAUGACAAGCUGCUCUUCAACAAUGAGGUCAAUGCCAUCACCCAUGUGUAUAAGACCCAUACGCUUACCCUCAAGAACCUAGCACCUGAGGAUGGUGGGAAGGUCUCAUUCAGCAUCAGGGAUGUGAAAGAAACAGUCUGCCUAAAGGUCAAAGAGAAGAAAGCCAUCUUCCUGAAGUUGCUGGAUGAUGUAGUUACAGAGGAGAAGGGUACAGUUACCCUUAAGUGUGAAGCCUCAAAGCCCAGAGUGGCCCCUGUGUGGCGCAAAGAUGGAACAGUCCUGUCAGCAGGGGAAAAGUAUGAGCUCCUCCAUGAUGGUAAGACCUUGGGACUUACUAUCCAUGAUGUCACACAAGCUGACGCCGGGGAGUACAGCUGUGAUCUUGGCACAGACCUCUCCAAGUCCAAGGUCACUGUUAGAGAUAUCCACAUUGGGAUCACCAAGCGUCUUAAAUCGGUGGAGGCCAAAGCAGGUGAAAACUGCACAUUCGAGUGUAUCUUGUCCCGAGAAAGUUCAGAGAGGUGCACCUGGAGCCUAAAAGGCCAACCUGUCACUGACGGAGGCCGUUUCCAGAUAAGCAGCAAAGGGCGCAAGUAUACCUUAACAAUCAAAGCUGUCUCAGCUUCUGAUUCUGGUGAGGUGGUCUUCACUCUCAAGGAUUUGAGCUCAAAGGCAACACUUAAUGUUGAGGGUGAAGCUCCUACCAUAUCUAAAGAGCUUCAAGGUGUCAGUGCCAAAAUUGGUGAAGAUGCCACAUUCUCCUGUGAGCUUUCUCAAUCUGGACUGGAAGUGAAGUGGUCAAAGGAUGGCAAGUCUAUUAGAAAAAGCCAGAAAUAUGAAAUCAGUCAGGAGCAGAUGCUUGUAAAGCUGACAAUCCGCAACGUCACUGAAAAAGAUUCUGGAGAAUACAGCUGUGAGAUCACCGGGGGUCCAACCUCCAAGGCUAAGCUGGAGAUCAAAGAACUGGCCAACAAAUUCAUUCGUGAGCUAAAGGAUGCCACUGCAGAAGAGAAGAGUGCUGUCUCCUUUGAAUGUGAGACAGCCCAACCUGCCUCUAAAGUCACCUGGCUGAAAGGAACAAAGGAGAUCAGGGCUGGAGGAAGGUAUGAGCUCAUGCAAAAGGGAACUGUCCUCAUCCUCAAAGUGAAGGAUCUGGAGAAGAGUGACAGCGAGGUAUACACCUGUGACGUUGGCUCCACAAAGAAUACAGCCAAAUUAACGGUGAAAGUGGUACCUGCUAGGUUUAAGGGUCAGAUGAACAACCAGCAGGUUACUGAAGGUGGAAAAGUCUUACUUUCCUGUGAGCUCACAAAGCCUGGCUGCCAAGUGCAAUGGAAGAAGGGAACAGAAAGUCUGAAACAUGGGGGGAGAUAUCAGAUAAUGCAGAGGGACACCAUGUGUGAGCUACAGAUUUCAGACUUAGUGCCUGGGGACAGUGGAGAAUAUUCCUGUGAUUGUGGAAACGAAAAAACAACAGCAAAUGUUGUUGUCAGUGCAUUACCGGCGGUCUUCAAACGUGAGCUACAAAGCCAAGAGUGUGAUGAAGGAGACAGCGUUACUCUUCACUGUGAACUCUCAAAGCAUGCAGUUCCUGUUGUUUGGAAGAAAGGAACGGAGGUGCUGCAAUCUGGGGAAAAGUACCUCAUCACGCAAGAUGGGGCUACUGUUGAGUUGAAGAUUGCUGACCUCAGACCUGAAGAUGCUGGACAAUACACAUGUGUGUGUGGGGACAAAAAGACUACAGCAAACAUUAAAAUCAAGGCAUUGAUCUUCAAAAGAGAACUACAAAACCAGGAGUGUCAAGAAGCGGACAGUGUUACUCUUCAGUGUGAGCUUUCCAAACCAGGAGUGCCUGUAGUUUGGAGGAAAGGAACACAAGUGAUCCACUCUGGAGAGAAAUACCACAUAAAGCAAGUUGGUUCUGUUGUUGAACUGAAGAUCCCUGAUGUCACACCUGAAGAUGCUGGAGUCUAUAGUUGUGAUUGUGGGUUUAGCAAGACCUCAUCUACCAUUACCGUCAAUGCACUACCAGUGGUCUUCACACAUGAGCUGCAAAACCUGGAGUGUGAUGAAGGAGGCAGUGCUACUCUGUCCUGCGAGCUUUCCAAACCUGGUGUCCCUGUGCAGUGGAAAAAAGGAAGCCAUGUUAUUCAGUCUGGAGGAAAGUACAUCAUCAUGCAAACUGCCUCAAAGGUGGAGCUGAAGAUCACAGAUCUAAAACCUGAAGAUGAAGGAGACUACACGUGUGUAUGUGGAGACAAGGCAACAACAGCCCAUAUGAAGAUCAAGGUUCUGAAGGCACAGACACCCUUAUACCAACCAGGACUUCAAAAGCAGACUACUGAGCAGGGGGCAUCAGUUGAUGCUCUAAAGUUUCUCCGUCCAUCUGCUGCCCUUGAAUCAGACUUCCAGAAGCAGAAGAAAGCAAAACAGUCAGAGCUCAGUGCUCAUCCAAUUCAGUUUACGGAAGUACUGCUAAACCAAGCAUGUGAUGAAGGGGGCACUGUUAUUCUGUGCUGUGAACUCUCAAAACCUGGAGUUCCUGUGAUUUGGAGGAAAGAAACACGGGUGAUCCAUUCUGGUGGAAAGUACAUCAUCAGACAAGUUGGGACUACGGUUGAGUUGAAGAUCGUUGAUGUUAAACCUGAAGAUGCUGGAGACUAUGUUUGUGAUUGUGGAGACAACAUCAGCACCGCUAGUAUCAAAGUCAAUGCAUUACCGGUGGUCUUCAAGCGUGAGCUACAGAACCAAGAGCUUCAAGAAGGGGAGAGUGUUACUUUGCGCUGUGAACUCUCAAAACCUGGAGUUCCUGUGGUUUGGAGAAAAGGAACAGAGGUCAUCAGUUCUGGACAAAAGUACAUCAUCAAGCAAGUUAGCUCUACUGUUGAGCUGAAGAUCACUGAUGUUAAACCUGAAGAUGCUGGAGAUUAUGUUUGUGAUUGUGGAGAUAACAUCUGCACUGCUAACAUCAAAGUGAAUGCAUUACCAGUGAUCUUUAAACGUGAGCUACAGAAUCAAGAAAUUCAGGAAGGGGAUAGUGUCACUUUGCGCUGUGAAAUCUCAAAACCCGAAGUUCCUGUGGUUUGGAGGAAAGGAACACAGGUGAUCCAUUCUGGAGGAAAGUACCUCAUCAAGCAAGUUAGCUCUACUGUUGAGCUGAAGAUCACUGAUGUCAAACCAGAAGAUGCUGGAGAUUAUGUUUGUGAUUCAGGAGACAGCAUUACCACAGCCAAGGUCAAAGUUAAUGCACUUCCAGCCAUAUUCACACAAGCACUAAAGAACCAGGCAGCUGUUGAGGGAGAGAGCAUCACCUUCCAGUGUGAGCUCUCCAAAGCAGACAUUCCAGUUGAGUGGCGCAGGGGUGAAAUUGGCCUAUGCCCCUGUGCUAAAUAUGAAUUAAAGCAAGAUGGCCACCGUGCCCAACUGGUCAUACAUGACCUUGAACAUGAGGACUCUGGUGACUAUAUUUGUGACACUGGAGAACGCCAAAGCAUUGCAUAUCUGAAAGUUAAGGCACUACCAGUUCUUUUCAAAUCAUCUCUGAAAGAUUUGGAAAGUGAAGCUGGGGAAAAUGCAGUGUUUCGAUGUGAACUUGACAAAGCUGGAGCCAAAGUCAUCUGGAGGAAAGACAAGAGUGUAAUAGAAGCAAGCCACAAAUAUCAGCUGAAGCAAGAUGGGGCUGUUGCUGAGCUUCUCAUUUACAAGCUACAAGAAGGAGACGCUGGAGAGUACUCCUGUGAAACAGAACAUGAUCGGACAUCUGCCAAACUCACUGUGAAGGAACCUGAAAUCACGAUCUUAACUGGCUUGAAGAGCUGCAUUGUCAAUGAAGGCGAGGACGUUCAUUUCGAAUGCCUUGUCUCUCAUGACAAUGCACUCAUUGUUCAGUGGACGUUGCAAGACGUUCCACUACAGAACAAUGAGAUGAAUGAAAUCCAAAUGGAAGGCAAAAGGCACACGCUUACACUAAGAAGUGUCACCCAGAAAGACUCAGGCACGGUGUCCUUCCAUGUGGGUGCACACACUUCUUUUGCUUGUCUUACAGUCAGAGCAGUCCCUGUACUGUCAUUUGUGAAGGAGUUAACAAGCCAGGAAGUCACAGAGGGAGGCAGUGCCUCAUUAUGUUGUGAAACUUCAAUACCUGAUGCCAGUGUGACCUGGAAGAAGGGUACUCAGGUCCUAUCUAAUGGAAAGAAGUAUUCCAUAAAGAGUGAUGGCACAAUCCAAACCUUGGAAAUCCAUAAGCUAUCAGUGGAUGAUGGUGGCGAGUACAUAUGUGAAGCAGGAGACAAACGAAGCAAAGCUACACUGACUGUCAAAGAAUGUGUAAAAAUCACAAGAGAAUUAAAGGAUGUGACAGUGAUAACGGGCGAGGAUGCUAUCUUCCAGUGUGAGGUGUCUCAUACAGGGGUUACAAACGUCGAGUGGUGGCUCGGCUCCAACCACCUUCAAAACAAUGACUUGAAUCAAAUCAGCAGCCGAGGGAGGGAACACAGCCUAGUGCUGAAAAUGGUCACACCCGAUGACUCAGGUGAUGUAGCCUUUGUGGUUGGCCCUGAGAAGAGCGUCGCCUACUUGUUGGUGCAGGAGAAACCCAAAGUCAUAUUCUUAGAGAAGCCUCUGGACUUAACUGCCAAAGAGGGUCAAACAGUCACAAUGUCCUGCAUGACUUCCGACCCUGAGGCCUCUGUCACCUGGUACAAAGAUGAAAUGAUGAUAAAGGCAGGGGGGCGGUAUCUGCUUUACAAGGACAGAGCCGUCCAUCAGCUCCGCAUCCUUAAAGUGGAGGAAGGAGAUGCAGGGUUGUAUACAUGCAAAACCAAAGAUGCAGAAAACUGUGCCACCCUUACUGUUAAAGGUCAACCUGCAUACUUCCGGAAGGAGUUAGACAACCAGAAUGCAAUAGAGGGAGAAAGUAUCACCUUGCGCUGUGAGCUUUCUAAGCCGGUUAAAAGUGUAGAGUGGAGAAAGGGUGGAGUGGUGCUCCAACCCAGUAAGAAAUUUGAGAUGAAAAAGGAAGGGUGUGUGCUGGAGCUCCAUGUCCAUGAUCUGGAACCAGAGGACAAUGGCUACUACACUUGUGAUGCUGGAGACCAGUUGACCACAGCAUCAGUCACUGUGCAAGAGGCUGAAGUUCUCGUAGUAUCGGGUAUAAAGAAUACAGAUGUGUUUGUGGGCGAACAGGCAAUUUUCUCCUGCCAGCUCUCUCGCCGUGCCAAAGGCAGAGUUCAGUGGUGGCUAGACGGCACUCGUUUGGAGAACAGUACCUUCAGUGAAAUAAGUGUGGGUGAAGACCAUGUCCACACUCUCACCCUAAGGAACCUUUCUCCCAAUGAUUCGGGUACAGUCCUGUUCAAAACAGGUGGCCUGACAUCCUCCGCCAAGCUGUUAGUGAAAGAUCCCAAUGUGGAGGUGGUCAGUGCCAUGGAGGACCAACAUGUAGCAGAAAACCAGCCUGCAGAGUUCAUCUGUCAGUACUCCCGGCCAGUUAAGGCUGUAUGGAAGCGAAACGGCAUACCUGUGCAAGCAGACGGUCGCAGGGUGAUAGUGGAACAGGACUGGACUGUUGCACGGUUGUACAUUAGCUGUGCGGAGCCCCAGGAUGGGGGGAUGUACUCCUGUGAGGCAGAAGGAACCUCUGUUGUGGCACAUCUCAGGGUGCAAGCUAAACCAAUUGACAUUCUUCAAGAACUGAGUAACGUGGAGACCAUUAAUGGUGGGGAAGCACUUUUUGAAUGCUCCUUGUCUCGUCCUGAAACCAAAGACUGCCGGUGGUUAAUCGAUGGCAAGCCUGUAAAGGAGUCCACAAACGUGGAGAUUGUUUCCUUUGAGAGUGGUAGACGCCAUCUUCUGCUUUUAAAGGACUUGCAUCCUUGUGAAAACACAAGGAUUACAUUCCAAGCUGGCACUUCAUCCACUACUGCUCUUCUUUCUGUCAAAGCUUGGCAACUGAAGGUGGUCAAGCCUUUGGAAGAUAAGACCGCCAUUGCAGGACAACAAGCUGAGUUCAAUUGUGUUUUGAAUGAAGCUGUACCUGAGAGUGAAGUGACUUGGUAUGCAAAUGGUGUUGAGCUAAAAUGUAAUGACCAAUGGGCCAUGAGAGCAAGUGGCUCUUCCUACAGCCUAAUUUUGAAGAAAGCCCGGGCUCUACCCACACAGGAAAUCACAUUUGCAGCCCGGGAUGCCUUAUCAAUGUCCAAACUCAUCACAAUAUCUGUGCCUGAUCCCCCUGAAGACCCAGAGCUGGUUAGUAAAGGUCCAACGUUCGUCACCUUGUCUUGGUUCACGCCCCUUAGUGAUGGAGGAAGCCCAAUCAUUGGUUACCGUGUGGAAAUGCGUCUAGUGGACAGUGCCCUCUGGCUGCCCUGCCACACAGAACCAGUAUGCAACACUGAAUUUCUGGUUGAAAACCUCAUACCGGGGGCAGGUUACAGGUUCAGAGUGGCAGCCAUCAACCAUGCUGGUAUUGGAGAGCCUGUCCAGCUGCCUCAAACUGUGACACUUGAUGCACCAGUGACCAUGACCAAAAUGUUAAGCAGCUCUAAGAUCCAAAAAGGAAAGAUGGUUCGUUUGGAGUGUGAACUUUCCACAGAGUGCAAAUCAGUCACAUGGCUAAAGGACAACAGAGAGAUAGAGGCUGGGGUCAAGUACCAAAUGGUACCAGAAGGAAAGAGCCAAGUUUUGCUCAUAAAGGAUUUCCAGUCUACAGAUCAGGGUGUCUAUUCUUGUGUAGCCUCAGAAGAGGCAAAGACUUCAAUCAACCUCAACCUUGAAGGAGAUGACACAACACUUUCUCAGGAUGCGGGCAGUCAGCCCAAACUGCCUCCUGAGGCUGCUUCUGAGGGAGAUUUACAUGCUCUGUGGGAUGCAGUGGCCAAGAAGAGGAGAAUGAGUCGGGAACCCACAUUAGAUUCAAUUUCAGAGUUGCCAGAAGAAGAUGGAAAAGAAAAAGCCCAGAGCAAAGAAGGAAAAGAACCUGAAAAGGAAGUGAAACCUGUUGAACCAACUCCCAAGAUCACAGGGGAGCCUAAUCUCUAUACAAGUUCUGAUGAGGAAUCUCUCAGUGGGACAACAAGCUUGGUGUCUUACCUAAAGAAAAGCAGCAAGUCCUCUAUGACUGUGGAAAGUCACACUGAGACUGUUGCCUCCAAGAAACUGUAUGAGCACUUCCAGAUGACAGAGCAAUCUGUUACAAAGACAUCUGUGGAACCCCUCAUGGAAGCUCAGAAAGGGGAUGAGUUGCUAGAGGCUGCUGUCAAGAUUCAGGCAGCCUUUAAAGGUUAUAAAGCCAGGAAGGACAUGCGACCAGUCUUCAAAGAAGUAUUUAAGGAUCAGACUAAGGAGCCCAAUGGGACAAUUCAUCUCGAGUGCAUUGUGGAGGGUAAGCCGGAUAAAGUUCGCUGGCUGAAAGAUGGUGAACCCUUAACAGAUGGCAAGCACCACCAUAUUGAUAUCUAUAAUGAUGGCACCUGCUCUCUAGUAGUGACAGCUGCCACAACCAAAGACACAGGUGUAUAUACUUGUGAAGUAACCAAUAAGUUUGGUGUUUCCACCCAUAGUGGCAAAGUCACUGUAGGGUCACUGCGGGAAUCUUCUGGGCGACGCCCCCUCACUCUGGGCUACAGUGCAGAUAGCGAAGCUGAAAGCUCCUCAGGGAGUGAAAUGGAUGAGACUUUACGGCAAGCAAGUAAACGAUUACGGCGACUUCUUCGUACUUGCCUCCCUCCAGAUGUGGAAGAGGAACCUUUUGUUAGUGCAGAUGAAGGAGAUUUACCACCAACGGACUUACAGUCUUACCGGGAAGACGAACAGUAUAUCUACAUCCGUUUUGAUAAUCGUGCAGAAGCUCAAGUAGCUUCCCAGCGCUUCCAGGAAAUGUUUACUUUUCAAGGAAUGCCAAUCGAAACGGCCAUCAUAGCAGCUGCAGGUGCUAAGGUAGAGUUGCGUAUCACAAAGAUGGUUUUCUCCCAAGAUGGCUCCCAAACCCCAACUCAGGACCAACCGAUGCCUGCUUUCAUGACAGGAGCCCCUGCGGCACCCGUCUUCUUGACGGAGCUCCGUAGCCAAGAUGUUCCUGAUGGGUUUCCAGUCAGUUUUGACUGUGUAAUUGUUGGCAACCCUCCUCCCACUGUAAGAUGGUUCAAGGAUGGAAAGAUGUUGGAGGAAAACGACCACUACAUGAUCAAUGAAGACCAGGAAGGCCAUCACCAGCUGAUCAUCACAGCUGUGCUGCCCACAGACAUGGGCGUGUACCGAUGCAUGGCUGAAAAUGAUAGUGGCAUCACCUCCAGCAAGGCUGAGCUGAGGGUGGACAUGUCUUGCAGCUCAGACUAUGACACAGCAGCCGAUGCCACAGAGACAUCUUCCUAUGUCAGUGCUAAAGGUUAUGUGUCUAGCUCAGAGCACAGGGACACAGAGGCUUUUGAGUCGGUGGCAGAGGACGAGCAGCUUCCUCAAGUUGUGGAUGAGUUACAUGAUUUAUUCCUCAGUCCCGGAGCACCCAUUGCCAAAAUGAGUGUCAGGGUCAAAGGAUUUCCCACACCAAGGGUUUACUGGUUUAAGGAUGGCACCCCACUCCAAGCCUCCAGCAGAAUUGUAUUGUCGAGCAAGCGAGAUCAGCACAGUCUUGAGAUUUUAGAUGUUAAACGCGAGGACACCGGAGAAUACUCAGCAUAUAUUAGCAAUAUAGCUGGCUCUGCUUACUCUUCAGCACGACUGAAUGUACUGGCUCCUGGAGAGCGCCCCGCACCUGAACAGGGACGAAUGAGAGAUUCAAAGGUGCCACUUGUGCCACCACGCUUCCUGGAGAGGUUCAGCAACAAGAAGGUGAAACAGGGAGCAAGUAUAACGCUGUCAGUCAAAGUGGAAGGCUCCCCAACCCCAUCUGUAAACUGGUUAAAGGAAGUGUCAGAUAAGGAUGUUCUGUGGAUAAAGGCAGACACACCAGGUUACAAGGUGGCCAGCUCUGGCCGUCAACAUAGUCUCAUCCUCAUGGAAGUGGAUAAAAAACAUGGCGGCAUGUACACUUGCAUCGCCACCAACCGUGCUGGACAGUCAGUCAACACAGCCCGACUGGAUGUGGAGACAGAACAAGAGCAAAAGAAAGUGGGGCCAGAGGCUCUUGGAAUUACUAUCAGCCCACCGGAGGAAGAGGGCAAAGGAGAGAUCAAACUACCUUCCCUGGGUGAAGUGGGUACAGAGGAGUUCUUACAAAAACUCACAACCCAAAUUACAGAAAUGGUAUCUGCCAGGAUUACUCAAGACAGCUUACAGAACCAUCAAGUGCUCCAGUGGAUGAAAUCUUGGCCCAAAGUAACCACUUCAUUGCGUGUCCCAGGAGCUGACAGCGAUGAUGAAACAAAAACACCGUCCCCAUCUCCAUAUCACGGCCGAUCACGCCCUCCAUCUCUGAUCGCAGACUCAUCAUCUGAGUCAGAUGAAGGAGAUGCCAGGGGAGAGAUGUUUGAUAUCUAUGUGGUGACCGCUGACUACAACCCCAUGGGAGUCAGCAAAGAUGCCAUCGCUCUGAAAGAGGGCCAGUAUGUGGAGGUUCUGGAUUCUGCCCACCCACUUAAAUGGCUGGUCCGCACCAAGCCCACCAAAUCCAAUCCAUCUCGCCAGGGAUGGGUCUCGCCUGCGUAUCUCGACAAAAGACUGAAGCUGUCUGCAGAUGUUGCAGACCUCCCAGAGACCACCAGAGAAGAAGUCACAGAGACCGAGUACAAGAAGAAACUGUGUCAACUCGUCCAGGAGCUGAUUAGCACAGAAACUGAGUUUCUGAAGGAGAUGGAGUUCUUCACAUCACACCAUCUGAAGCGUGUGGAUGAAGAGAGCACACCAUCUGAAAUCACCAGCCAGAAGGAAACCAUCUUCCGUAAUAUCAAUGAUUUGAAAUCCUUCCACAGCAGCUCUUUGCUGCCUGGUCUGCGUGACUGUGUCACAGACGAUGACAUUGCCAUGCAUUUCCUGAGAAACUCUGAAGGGUUUGAGAAAUAUUUGCAGUACCUCAUUGGACAAUUGCAAGCUGAAUCUGUCAUCAGUGAGAAAGAAGUGCACCAAUAUUUCAAGGAUUAUACAGUCUCAGAGUUGGCAAAUGUUGACCCCUCAGAGGGUCCAGUGCUAAGCAUCAACGCUUACCUUCAGAGACCACCGGAGAGAAUUCAGAAGUACAGAGCUUUGCUGAAGGAAUUGAUCCGGAACAAGGCGAGGAACGGUCAAAACUGCUGUUUGUUGGAGCAGGCCUAUGCCAUGGUGUCAUCCCUCUCCCGGCGCUCAGAAAACACACACCAUGUCUCUCUCAUAGAGAACUACCCCGCCAAUCUGGAGGCGCUGGGAGAACCUAUUAGACAGGGGCCAUUCACUGUUUGGGAAGGAGCUCCUGGAAUUCGAACAUCUUCCAGAGGUCACCACCGCCACGUUUUCCUCUUCAAAAACCAUGUGGUCAUCUGCAAACAGAAGAGAGACACGAACACAGACACCCAAGCAUAUGUGUUCAAGAAUAUGAUGAAGCUUACAAACAUUGAUGUGAACGAGACGGUGGAGGGUGAUGAAAGAGCGUUUGAGAUCUGGCAUGAGCGCGAGGACUCUGUGAGAAAAUACACGUUGCAGGCACGGACUGUUAUCAUUAAGAACUCAUGGCUCCGUGACCUCCGUGACCUUCAGCAGCGCUACAGCAUGCCAGCAUGGAGCCUUCCAGAUUUUGACGCGGUGUUGACAGACUGCACAGCAGAGCUCGGACAGACAGUAAAGCUCGCAUGCAAGGUCACUGGUGCCCCCAAACCACAGGUCACCUGGUACAAAGACGGGCGUGCCGUGGAAGCGGAUCCUCAUCACAUCAUCAUUGAGGACCCAGAUGGCUCUUGCACACUCAUUUUGGACAACAUGACAGCAAACGAUUCUGGACAAUACAUGUGCUUCGCCACCAGCUCUGCGGGCAACGCCAGCACACUAGGCAAAAUCACUGUGCAGGUACCUCCACGUUUUGUGAAUAAGAUCCGGAAUGCCACCCUUUAUCCAGGAGAAGAUGCUCAGUUCACCUGCACCAUCCAGAGUGCACCGAGUCCCAAAAUAAGAUGGUUCAAGGAUGGUAAACUGCUGACAGACCUGGAGAAGUUUCAAACAUACAGUGAACCGCGCAGUGGAGUGUUGGUUCUAGUUAUCAAGAACCCUGGAGAACGAGACCUUGGACACUAUGAGUGUGAGCUGUCGAACCGUCUGGGCAGUGCCAGGUGUGCGGCACAGCUGAUCACUCCUGCUGUGGCAAUGGCGGGAGAACGUAGAGCAGAUCAGGCCAUCAGUAUAGAAGUGACGGAACAAGAGACGAAAAUACCAAAGAAAACCAUAAUUAUUGAGGAGACCAUCACCACAGUAGUGAAGAACACACGUAUGAAACGGCACGCAUCCCCACGACCAUCGCCCAUGGGAGCUCACCGCUCAGAGACGUCCACACCUGAACCGCCCAGACAGAGACGAACCCUGGCCAGGAAGACUGUACCAACACUGUACGUGCCAGAGCCGGAGGGUGCCACGGCCAGGAACCCAAGAUGGGUAGAAGUCGAAGAGAUAAUCGAGUAUAAAGUGAACAAAUCACCCAAGUUACCAAGAAGAAGAGGCAUUUCCCCAGGCAAGUUCUCACCACCUGGCAAUCCAAACACUAAUAACUCCAACAACAAGUUACUCGAGGAGGCAAUGCAUGCUGCAGUGCCUCUGCAAGGUUCUUCUGGUACGGAUGAAGAGGAACUUGCACAGAAUGUGUCUGAAGUACCUUCAGAGGUCAACAAUAUGACAACAUACUCAGGAGAAAUUGAUGACCCAUGUGUCUCUGAUGAUGAAGGAACUAUUGUCGUGGAGCCCGAAGAUGAUGAACUUGAUGCUCGAGAAUACAAAUUGCUGACUGAUGGAAAUCGAGUUCUUACUCUUGAAGAUCUCGAGGACUACGUCCCUCAGGAAGGGGAAACAUUUGGCAGCGGUACAGACCAUCAUGUCCUCGUCGAGAAACCAAGCGAGAUCUCUGUGUUGUUGGAGAGAUUAAUUGAUUAUUUUGUUGUUGGAAAAAUUGUUUUGUUGGUGGUGGUUCGUGUGGUGCCAGCAGAGAAUCGUAUUGUGUUAUUUUUUUGGUCCUUCAAGGAACACAUCUCCAGCAUGUUUAGUCCAGGUUCAUCAGCGAGCGGCAGCUCUCAGGCAAGGCGAGAGAAGACCAUACCUAUUCAUGUUACGGGACAACCUUCAUCCAACUAUUCACGCCAUACCAGUAGCUUUGCGAGGCUUGAAGUCCAGCCGACGUACUGCUCCGAGGUCCAGAGAGGAAAGGAAGGAGGUCUGCAGAGCUUCAAAACACAGGUUUCCGCACAAACCCACAGCUACACGCCAACCGGACAGGUCACUCUUCAGAUCAGCAAGAAGAAGCCAUUUGAAAAGCAGUAACUGAGAGGAAACCGCUUGUUUUCAGCAUGCAAAAUUAGGAACAUACAAGUAGGCCUAGUCUUAAAUGGGAACACUUCUGUAAAAUCUUGCAAUCUGGGAGUGUAAUUCAAUAGUGAAGCUUCUUCUAACAGCAGAUCAUUCCAUGUGAGGCAAAGGAUUCGCUUGCCAAACUCAAUGACCUAAUGAAGACUUUCUCAUUUCUUGAGUUCCCGAGAGCAAAUGUGCAGCUGUGCUUCGGAAGGCAAGUCUGAUACAACAUGAAUGUGCAAAUAUGGACAGUAAAGCUGUCUUUCGUCUAAAGCAAGGGUGUCCAAUCCUGGCCCUGGAGGACCAACGUUCUGCAGAGUUUAGCUUCAACCAGCUCCAACACAGUUGCCUGGAAGUUUCCAGUAAGUCUAAAGACCUUAAAUAUCAGGUUCAGGUGUGUUUAAUUAGGGUUGGAGCUAAACUCUGCAAGACAAGUGUCCCUUCAGGAACAAAUUUGGACUCAACUUUCUAGUAAGACCAUCUUUGCUUGUUCAGGUGUGUUUGAUUUGAAUAGGAGCUACACUCUGUAGUAAAUUGGACCUUCUGAGAAUCCCUGAACUAAGAAACACUUAAAGAAAUAAGAGUGUUUAUGUAUAUCAAGAAAUCCAAAUUUUGACUCCAAAAAUAAGAUUUUAUCUGAAUGUAAUUUAUGUGCUGUAUGGAAUUAAUGUACCUCAGCAAUACAUACAUAUAUAUAUUUGGGUGUUUGGGUUGACUUUUUCUGUCAAGUUGAUUGCAUGAGUUGUUCUUUAGUGUAAUACACUGUGGCUUGUUGAAUCUGAGCUCUAUGUUAAUGUAUCAGAAAUCUUGAAUAUGUCAUCCUGCUCUGAAGACUAUUCAAUGUGGUCAGCAUUUUAGUGUUGCAAUGUGAAUGUAUGGGGUUUUGUAGACUGACAAAAGGAAUAGCUGCGGGAGAUCUUAAGACUUAAGAACCAUAACACAAAAUCUAUUUAAUGACUUUAGAAGAUUUAUUUUAAAAAGUAUUUCUUGUGCAACAUGAUGUUUUUGA